GCAUGCUUGUCGGCAAGAUGGCUGCCAGAGUAAGAAUUUUAAUUAGUGACAAGUGAUUAAAAAUAAAACUUUUUUAUUAGUGUAGUGCCUUGAACACGAGUUAACAGUGUCCGAUUGAGAUUAUCAUGCUGAGUACCGCGCUAGUAAAAUGGAAACAGCCUCCGAGGAAGUCCAUUCCAGCGGAUAAGUUUCCCUCACUGUCAAAAAAUACGAGCAAUUGGAUUGUCACGUCGGGCUUAUUAAUUUCAGUUGUUGGGUAUUAUUGUCAGAGGCUAAGGAUUAACGUCGAUAAACUGUGACAUUUAGAUAGACGUUUAUCGUUUAUCUGGUCUGAUGAUUGAACGAGUAUGCUGGAUAAUAACGACCGUUGACUGAGGAAAGACAUUUCCUAUCUGAUGGAUUUUAUAUCAUCAAUAAAUUUAUAGCAUACAACGAGGCCUCCACGAAACGACGAAGAGAGUGGACGCAAUUACUAUUUUGUCACACAUGAUGAAAUGAUGACGGAUAUCAGCGCUAAUGAAUACUUAGAAUACGGUACACACGAGGACGCAAUGUACGGUACCAAGUUAGAUACGAUAAGAAAAAUCCACGAAGAAGGAAAAAUGGCUAUUCUAGACGUUGAACCUCAAGCAUUAAAAAUACUUCGUACCGCUGAGUUUGCUCCUUAUGUUGUUUUUAUCGCUGCACCCAUCGUACAAAAUCUUAAUGACUACGACGGAAGUCUGAAAAGACUUGGAAAGGAGUCGGACAUGCUGAAGCAGGCGUACGGACAUUUCUUCGAUCUGACGAUCAUCAAUGACGAUAUUGAUGAGACGAUUGCUCAGCUGGAAGGCGCAAUCGAUAAAAUACAAAAGACACCGCAGUGGACGCCAGUGAGAUGGGUCUACUGACAACGAUCACCCUCACGUAAUAAUGAUCCCUUAAAUUAUUACUAAUUAUUAAAAUAAAUAAAU